AUGUUUUCUGAAUAAUUCAAACCAUUAAUACAUAUUUAUUAAACCAAAAAAUUAAUAACAUAGAUAGCACUUGGUUAUUCAAAAACCCAUAGACUAAUUUAUCUGUAUAAUUUGAUAUUUUAAUAAUAAACUUUCGAGUAUUUUAAAUAAAAUGAAUGUAAAAUCUUUAAAAAUAAGAUUAUUUAAACUGAGUUUGCUAAAAUAGAAUAGAUUAAUUAAUUUUAAGUUUGGAAACUACGGCAUAAUAUUAAACACAUAUGUACAAGCAUAGAUUAGAUUUGA